AGUUGAACAUUACAGUCAACACGAUGGAAUCGUUACCGAAAUGUACAAUAUUGAAAUUUCAUCCUGACACAUUGGAGCAAGUGAGGAAAGCUGUCAACUUCGACAAGCCGGAGGAAAUUCGUGAUGCGUUAAAGAUAUUGAAAGAGUGGAUAAAACAGCAACCGCAUCUUCUGAAAAAGGACUUUAACGACCAUUUCCUCGAGAUUACGAUAAUAGGACAAAAGGGAUCUUUAGAACGGGCAAAAAAGCAAAUAGACUCCGUAUGCACUAUAAGGACAUUGCUUCCAAGAUAUUUUGGUGAUUUUGAUAUCAAGAAAGAGUUUGCAAGAAUGCUCAGUAGAACGUAUGUGGUGCUGCUUCCAAGGUUAACAAAAAAAUAUCAGAGGGUUUCCAUACUUAAAAUUCAUGGAAUUGUUGAAGACGUGGAACAAUUUCUUGAAUACUACAGAUACUCGGUCAUUCUUGCAGAAUACGCGAAGACUCAUGAUUAUGUGGAUGCCUACCAACAUAUAAUAGAUAUGACGGAAUGUAACUUGGGUGAAUUUUUGGCUAAGGCUAAUCCACUUGAGUUGCGACAAAUUGUCACUAUAUUCGUAGGAUGCUACGGGAUACGCUUAAAAGGAAUCCACAUAAUUUCAAAAUCCAAAUUAGUUCAAUCCUUCCUCUCCAUACUGAAGCUUGUGUUAAAACCAAAACUAAUCCAACGUCUGCAGUGUCAUGAGAACUAUGAUGAGAUACUUAAAUUAAUAGGAGAAGAAGUGCUGCCGAUCGACUUCGGUGGUACUGAACAAUCCCUUGCCUAUAUACAAAAUCAAUGGAUUGAGGUUUUGUCUUCACCUAAGCACAGAGAAUAUGUUAACGACAUGAAUUUGGCAUCUACAGAUGAGAGUCUUCGACCGAAAGGAGAAUUUAAUGAAGAGUAUGCUGGAUUACCAGGAACAUUUAGAGCUUUAAGCGUAGACUAAACAUUAGUUGAACUAAAUUUAUGUAAUGUUUAAUAUUUUUAUAUAUAUUUGUAUAUGGGCUACAUUAACUAAGUAUUUAUUAUACAUGAAGACAAAACUUUCAAAGAGCUUCAGCCCAUAUAAAUAGGUGUUAAAACAAUAAAUAUUAAACAAAUGGUUUUUCUUCUCUCUACUUGAUCAAAACACAAACGGGUAAGUGAAUGUAUGCGUAUGUUUAUAAAUAAUAUAUAAAAACAUUGAAUGGUGUAACAUUAUGAUUACUAAAUUUUUCUUUUAAUAAAUAUUCUAUGCGUUAUUGAAAAAUAUUAGUAGAAAAUUGAGAUCAAAUAAAAUAUACUCAAAAU